ACAGAUUUUGACGACAGAGACUCGGCGUAUAAAAGAAACGACGUCUUCGGAUUUACGUCGUAUUUGCGCGGUGCAUUGAACGAUAUUCGUUGCUACUUUAACGUUUACUGAUUGCCACUGGUUCCAAAUACAUUGUCUAAAGGAGGCAGCAUCCAUCAAUGGCUAAUUACGCGAGUUUCGUUGUCGUUGUCGCUAUUAUCGUCGGCAUCGUUUGCGGAGAGGAGUCCAGCGAACUCGAGGAUGUCGACAGGAACAUGUUCGGAUUAAAUCUUCCGUAUGGCAGAGGAUUGGAUAGCGAAUUGCAGUUAGCUAGAUUGAUGCUGAUGGCUCCGCGAUUUUGUCAUCCCAAACGUAAUUCCGAACUUAUAAAUGCGUUGUUAGGUCUACCGAAAAAUAUGCAUAAUGCUGGAAAAUGAAAGUAAUCUCAUUUGAUUGCACAAAAGAUAUUUAAAGAUAUAUCACAUAUAAAAAAAAAAGUUAAAAUAUAUUCGUAGUUUAUCCGUUAAAGAAUAUAUAUUAAAACGGAGCAUUUAGAAAAUUUAUUAAUGAUAUUCCUAGAAAUACGGAUCGUGUACAAAAUGAACCGAGACUAAUAAAUGUAGGAAUUCGCA